CCAGUGUCCACUUAGCACUACUACUUUCUCUGUGAUAUCCACCACUUCGUUGUAGCCAAGUAAUUUAGAUUUUAAGUGUACUUCUCUACCUCAACUGCUGCGAUAUGGCGGGAAACUUCUGGCAAAGCUCUCAUUAUCUGCAGUGGGUGCUCGACAAACAGGACCUCAUGAAAGAGCGCCAGAAGGACCUAAAGUUUCUCACAGAGGAGGAGUACUGGAAGCUGCAAAUCUUCUUUGCCAAUGUCAUUCAGGCUUUGGGGGAACACUUGAAGCUGCGGCAGCAGGUUAUUGCUACGGCAACUGUCUACUUCAAACGCUUCUAUGCCAGGUAUUCCCUGAAAAGUAUAGAUCCUGUGCUCAUGGCUCCUACCUGUGUGUUCCUGGCUUCAAAAGUUGAGGAAUUUGGAGUUGUGUCCAAUACCAGACUGAUCUCUGCAGCAACAUCUGUGUUGAAAACAAGAUUUUCCUAUGCCUUCCCAAAGGAGUUUCCUUAUAGAAUGAAUCAUAUAUUAGAGUGUGAGUUCUACCUUUUGGAGUUGAUGGACUGCUGCCUGAUCGUGUAUCACCCCUACAGACCUUUGUUGCAGUACGUGCAGGAUAUGGGACAGGAGGACAUGCUGCUACCCCUUGCCUGGCGAAUAGUGAAUGACACAUACAGGACAGAUCUGUGUCUGCUCUACCCUCCCUUCAUGAUUGCUCUGGCCUGUCUGCAUGUGGCCUGUGUGGUGCAGCAGAAAGAUGCCAGGCAGUGGUUUGCAGAGCUCUCUGUUGACAUGGACAAAAUCCUUGAGAUUAUCCGAGUCAUCCUGAAGCUCUAUGACCAGUGGAAAAAUUUUGAUGACAGGAAGGAGAUCGCUGCUGUGCUAAACAAGAUGCCUAAACCCAAACCACCUCCAAACAGUGAGAGUGACCAGAGCUCCAAUGGGAACCAAAGCAACUCAUACAGCCAGUCUUAGCGUGGCGCCUGUAUCUCCCCGGAUUCCAUAAUGUCGAUGCAGAGAGAGGUUGAUCACCUUCAAAACGUUGCACAGCACAACCUCUGUGAUGCCAUCUUCAACUGACAACCCCCCACCCAACUCUGACAGUCAUGUCUUCAAUUUACCCUUUUCUGAUCAUUCUGGGUUUAUGGAUUUAGGAAACAGCCGCAGAAACGCCUGCAGUUAACAGCUGAUCAGUGACAGCAGGCAGUUAUGUUGUCUCGAUGAGGCCACUCUACUCUGCACCAGACUUGAAAUGAACUUAAACUGAUGAACAGUAGGGGGUGGGGUACGG